UUUGUUUGCUUGUUAUCUAGGAAGACUGAAUAAAUAAUGGACAUUGAAUAAGAAUAUAAGUUGUUUUCUGGAUUAAAUGAGUGGAAGUGAAGAACCAAGAUAUAUUCUAGGCGUGGAUUUUGGAAGCACUACUCUCUCUGUGAAAAUCUAUGAUCAAAAUGCCGAUCUGAUUGCUGCUUCUACAGUCAAGGUACCUUACGUUCAUCCUGAACCUGGUGCUGUUGAGAUAAAUCCUGAUGCCAUUUGGGAUUUGUUUAUUGAUGCAGUGAAUGCAACCUUUACAAAAAGUGACAUUCCUGCAUCAAAGAUUGAAGCUUUUGGAUUUUCAUGCCAAAGAGGAACAAUUGUUUUAUGGGAUAAACAGACUGGUGAAGUGUGUAGUAAUUUUAUCAGUUGGCAAGAUAGAAGAUGCAGUAAAGAAGUGGAAAACUACAACAAAGCAUGGCUUUUAAAGACCACCAACGUUUUAGGGAGUAUACUUUACACGUUCUUAAGACAAGCGAAGUUUUUGGUAAUGAAAAUCCUAAAAUACCAAAUCAAUCAGGCAUCCAUGAAGUUAGCUUGGUUUCUUGACUCCAACCCGGAGAUUCGUCAAGCUGCACAUGAUGGCAGCUUAUUAUUUGGCACACUUGACACCUACAUCAUUUGGAAACUAACAAAAGGUCGACUUCACGUAUCAGACGCAUCAAAUGCUAGUGGAACAGGAAUGUUUGAUCCAUACAUUCUACAAUGGAGUGCUAUUGUUCCACUCCUUCUGAACGCGCCAUUGUGUAUGUUCCCGUCGUUAUGCGACACAAGCGGCCAUAUUUGCGAUAUUGAUGAAGAUAUUUUUGGCGCGAAGAUUCCUCUCACAGCUGUGGUUGCCGACACACAAGCUGGUGCAUUUGGUCAGUUGUCAUUCGAACCUGGUGAAACUUCUUGUACGAUUGGUACCGGAUGUUUUUUUACAAUAAAUAUAGGAACGUAUGCGCACGCCUCGAUUCAUGGUGUAUUUCCACAAGUUGGAUGGCAAAUGAAAGAGGAACUCACGUAUUUGUGCGAAGGAAAUCUGGGUGGAGUUGGACCGAGCUUAGAAUGGGCACAAAAUAUGGGGUUUUUCGACGAUGUAUCAGACACUUCUGAUAUUGCUCAAUCAGUUAAAGAUUCAGACGGCGUCUACUUUGUUCCUGGUUUUCUUGGAUUGCCUGCACCUUUUCAAGAUCCAUUUGCAUGCGCUGGUAUGAUUGGUAUCAACAGAAGUACAACAAAAGCUCAGAUUGUUCGAGCUAUUUUGGAGGGAAUCGGUUUCAUGUUUUACGAGCUGUAUCGAGUUGUCAUUGACGAAACGAAGAUGCCAUUUCAUUCUAAUAUCAAGGUGAGCGGAGGGGUGACGAAUAACGAUUUUCUGAUGAAACUGAUCAGCUCUUUAACUGGUUGUGUUAUCGAGAAGACACAGGAACAUGACGUGUCCCUGCUCGGUGCCGUAUAUUUAGCUGGCUUAGGAGCAGGUAUAUGGAAGGAUAAGAAAGAGUUGAUGAAACUAGACAGGCCAAGAUCGUACUUUCGCCCUGACUUAGAAAUGCAAGUAAAAUAUCUUAGCUUACAUAAAACCUGGCAGAAAGCAGCUAAACGGUGUACGGGUUGGUAUGAUAAGUCGUAAUCACAUGAUCAAACAUGUGAUUAUUGUAAUCACGACAUCCUGAAAACAAUUUUUGCUCGAUGCACCUUUACCUUAUAGGUUAAAAGGUACACACAUUCGUGAAUAUGUGGAGACAUGUUUUACAUGCCGAGCUCUUCAGUGGUGCCUUUAUUUGUGUUUUUUCCUGUCCGAAUGAGUCAGCGAUUUGAAAAAGAUGUUUAAUUAUUUUUUUCAUCUUCUAAAUGAAGUAUUUUAUGACUUUUAUAAUAAUUUUAUUUCGCAGUGUAAGAAAUAUAGCCAAUAUUUAUUCUUUUAUAAGAACCAUCAAGCGUGUUUCCUGAAAGUUUAAGAAACCUAAGAUCUGCUACCACCUAAAUCUCUUUUCCUUCUGACAGUUCGGCAAAAUCUCCUACACCAUAACAGAAAGUAAAACGGAAUUGUUCUUUAUCUGUUUAUUUUUCCCUUUGUUCUUUAUAAAAAAAUACACGUUUGGUCUCGGUUUUUGUUAGUUUUUUUAAUAUUUUAAAACGUGGAUUGUAGGUAGGUAACUAGCAGCGAUGUAUAUAUUUUUUUAGUUUCGAAAAUAUGAUAAUAUUUGUAA